AAUGUUUACUUUAUCGUCUGCUAUAUUUUUCUUGCGUUCAUCAACUUUGUCUGUUUUUGCAAAAGGAUUGUUGUUGUUUUCAACACGUAAAAACUUAAUUUAAAGGGACAUAAGAAAAAAACAAAACAAAAAUGCCAAAAGUGAAAAAAGGUUCUGAUUCAGAAAAUGCUGCAGUUAUUCAGAAAAAAGGUUUUGAUGACAGAAUUUCUGAUUCGCCGCGAAGUCUGAAUAGCAGCCCAUUUCGAGAAGAUGAAACUCCUAUUAUUUCUAGAGCUGGGAAGAAGCGCCCUGCCGAAUGUGAUGAAGAUUUUGGGAAUGAAAUGCAGAAAAUGCUUGAGUGUUUUGGAGCCGACAUUUCCAAGACACUUGUGUCAAAGAGAAAAAGGUUGGAACAAAUUACUCAGAGCACUCUUAAAAACAGCAACAAAAAGGUAGAAGAUGUGUGGAGAGAACAGCAAAAUGAAAGGCGCAAGCUCCAUGAAGAAUAUUCAAGACAAGUCUGUACUGUCUUUACCCAGUGGGAAGCAGACAUUGAGAAAACCAAAGAUCAGGAGGAAAAAUUAACUUCUUUGUUCAAACAACAACAGAAACUAAUCCAACAAGCAAGAAUUGUUCAAAGUCAAAGGUUGAAAACUAUUCGUCAACUUCAUGAACAACUGUCAAAGGGUGUUGAUGAGCUUGACAAGUGCCACACAUCUCAGCAAAAUAAUGUACAAAUUGAACUGAAAAAGGAAAUGGCCCUUCUUCAGAAAAAAAUCCUUAUGGAUACGCAACAACAAGAAAUGGCCAAUGUUCGAAAAUCACUACAGACUAUGCUAUUUUAGUAAACUCGGACUCAGAACAUGAUUAACUAUAUAUUUAAAUUGUACAGAAAGGUGUAUUAAAAGUUAGCAACUCAUUAGCUGUAGGUCAUACAUAUUGUUCUGAAUGAAUGGAGAGCUCAGUAGAAGACAAGUCUAUUUGUAUUCACAUAUGGUUAAAUGUAUACCAAUUUUGUCUUAUGAUAGUAACUCAUCAUCAAUGUCCAAAAAACCUAGAUAGACCUGUGCGGUACUUAUAUAUUAAAAACUUUAAAUCAAGAGUUAAUGUCUCCACCCCUCAUAUUUAAAUUAAAACUAUUUGAUUUCAUAAUAAAUAUUGUGUGAAUUGAGCAAUUAAAAUUCCAGUUGAUGUUUUCUUUCGAUAUGAUAUAUUUUUAUUUAAUACAAACAGUUAUAUUAAAGGUACUUGGCCCACUGCAUCAUUGUUUGGUAUUUCGUGCUUGAAGUUGUAAAUUUUCAAUCAUCUAGUCAUUUGAUUUUUUUUCUGAAUGUAAUUACUUUUAACUUCAUCCAGCACUCCACAAACUAAAAAGUUCAAAUCUUCUCUGAUGAUGAGUAAAUGCUUGAUUAAAUUAUGUUCAUGAUUUGUUGAAGAGUUCAGAAUUGUCACACAUGCUUAUGAUUCAGUACAUCUAUAUCCCCAAGGUCUUUACAAAAUACCAAUAUCACGAACAUUCUGAAAGGAUUCUAAUGGCCUUGAGCAUUUGUAGAUAUUAGGACAAACUUGUUUGAAGUGCUGGGGACAUAGGAUCAUUGGAGUUACUAGUUUUCCACCAAUCCCAUCCAGUGCCUCUUGACUGGUAUAUCAAAUAUUUCUCUGUUGGAAAGUGCAUUGUGUAUAUUAAACACCCCUUGCUACUAAUGAGAAAAUGUAGCAGGUUUCCUCUUGAAAACUGCAUAUCAGAAUGACUAAAUAUUUGACAUCCAGUAACCAUUGAUGUAUUAAUGUGCUCUAGUGGUGUCAUUAAACAAAAUAAGGAAACCACACUGGAUGUUCAGAAAUGAAUAUUCUAUUUCAACCAGAAGCACCAUACAAUGUAUUUGGUGGACUACAUGCCUUUUAAUAUGUUAUUAAAACUAGUCCAGCAAAUACUGUGAUGUUUACAAUAAUGCUAUGUUCCUUAAUAGCAUGUUUUGUAUUAUUAUUUCUGUUGCUUUUAAAUGAACAAGUUACAUGUUGUAAAUUCUCUAUUUAUUAUCAGUUACAGCAAUAUUAUGCCAAUGAUUGUUAUUAUAAUACAAUAUAUUUAUUAGAAAUUAUUGCAUUGUUAAUAAUUAUGUGCACUGCACUGUGCAAUGUUUUAUUUUUUUUUAAAGAUAAUUAUGUAUCAUUAAAUUAAAAUAUUA